UGAGUCGGCGUUCGUGAACUCAACAAGUAGAAACAGAGCAAUGGAGGAGAAACUAUCAACUGUGGCGAAGAGUUUUACUUCAUCACCCAUUCAAGAACUCUCACAUCUUGCUCAACGAUGCAGCGCCAUCAACCUCGCAGAAGGCUUCCCAGAUUUCCCUGCACCUGCUCAUAUAAAAACCGCAGCCGUUUCGGCCAUUAAUUCCGAUUUCAACCAGUACAGGCACGUGCAAGGACUAUGUGACCACUUGGCAAUAAUGGCAAAGAAAAUGCAUGGUUUAGAUGUGAACCCUCUUACUGAUAUAGCCAUUUGCUGUGGCCAAACAGAGGCAUUUGCAGCAGCAGUGUUUGCAAUAAUUGAUCGAGGUGAUGAAGUUGUCCUUUUUGACCCUUCAUAUGAGACAUACGAAGGAUGUAUUACCAUGGCUGGAGGAAUCCCAGUAUUUGUGGCACUUGACCCUCCUCAUUGGACCUUAGAUCCAAACAAACUCCUGCAGUCUGUCACUAGGAGAACAAAGGCUAUAGUAUUGAACAGUCCUCAGAAUCCAACUGGAAAAGUUUUCAGCAAAGAUGAACUUGAAACUAUUGCUGGAGUAUGCCGCACAUGGAAUUGCCUAGCGAUAACAGAUGAAGUAUAUGAACACAUAACAUUUGAAAAUGAGAAGCACAUAUCCCUUGCCUCAUUUUCAGGAAUGCAAGAGCGGACUAUUAUUACAUCUUCCUUGUCUAAAACUUUUAGCGUCACAGGUUGGAGGGUUGGAUGGGCAAUUGCUCCAGCUUUCAUUGCCUCUGCAAUCAGAAACAUUCAUGUUAAAAUCACAGAUUCUGCUCCAGCACCUUUUCAGGAAGCUGCCUUGACUGCUUUGAGAAGCCCAUCCGAAUACUUUGAAUCAUUGAGAAGAGAUUAUGAAUCCAAAAGAGAUUACAUUGUCAAGUUGCUUGCUGGGAUUGGCUUUAAGAUUGAGUUUAAGCCUCAGGGUUCAAUCUUUUUGUUUGCAGAGAUUCCUGAAAGUUGCCUGCUCUCGGAUGUAGAAUAUGUUAAAGAACUGAUAAAGCAGGCAGGGGUGGUGGCCGUUCCAGGUCGUGGAUUUUUUCAUACAAAUUUAUCCAUGAAGAAAAUUUCUCAGGAAGAUUUUAGCUACCAGGAGAGAUACAUCAGAUUUGCUUUCUGUAAGAGUGACACUACUUUAGCUGCUGCUGCGCAAAAACUUGGUAAGCUUUCAGAUGCUACAGGGCGUCUCAAACUACAUCAUUCUGAUACAUAGGAUGCUUUUGGUGAUUUUGAUUGAGGCAAUAUAAACUUGGAUAAAUUUUAACAUCUUGUACUGGAUAUUGGUUUUCGGCAAAAGCAUCACCUAUUUGUUUUUCAA